UGGUUUUCUGUAUUCCAAGAGCAGAUAUUUAGGUGGAUAUUAAAUGAUAUAAAUAAAUGGCAGCACAAAAUUGGAGGACCUGGAAAAGUUGUUGAAAUAGACAAAGCAAAAUUUGGUAAAAGAAAACAUAAUAGAGGAGAUAAAAUAAUACAUACAUAUAUAUUUAAUUAUUAA